AUGGCAGCGCGCCUCCAGACCAAAAGUCCGCACUGGCUGCUUAACCUGGUAUGUCGCCCUGUGCCAGUCAGGCACUUGAAGUGCGAUGAGGAGAAGCCGACGUGUCGCCGCUGUCGCGAUGGCCGUGUUAAAUGCGACGGCUACGCCACGCCUAACAAGAACCAGAUCCAGCAGCGCGCUUCAAUGCCCGUCGCUGGAUAUACCGUCUCGUCUCUCAACCCUCGUAUAGCCGAGACGUCCAUUGAGAACUGCUAUUUUCACCACUUUCACCACUGGACCUCUAACCAACUCACCUGCUCCCCGGGCUCAUCAAACUUUUACAUCAACUAUGUCCUCCCCCUUGCGCAUUCGUGCGAACCUAUUAGACACGCCAUCAUCGCUGUUGGUGCUGCGCAUAGAUUCUACAUGGCGGGUCAAGAGACUUGCUCUCCACUCCAGCAGCUGAAAAGCUUGGCUAUGCAGCAGUACAACAAGUCCAUCCAGCGGAUAAUACCCCACAUGUCGAUGGAGUCUGCCUUCGACCUGCAGUGUACCCUCGUAUGCUGUUUGUUAUUCGUUGCGUUUGAGGGCAUCACUGGUCGGUAUGCAGAGUCGAUCCGACAUAUCCGCGCCGGAACGAAACUGCUCUCGUCGCCUCUUCUGAUUCACAGUGCGAAGGAACAGAAGAUGACGAGGAAGCUUACAGAGGUCUUUGCGAAUCUUGGUGUCGAGGCUUCGAUGUUCAUGGAGGACACCAUCAUCCCAGACAUUCACUCUGGCUGUCUUGAUGUCUUGCAGUGCGGCGAUAUCUCGGAUCAGCCAUUCCAGGACCUCGACGAAGCAGCGAGCUACCUGCGCAGACUCGACGUCGAGACCGUCGACAUUAUCGCGCAGACGCCAUAUUCAUGCUCGAUGAACGACGACGGCCAAAUCGACAUGUUUACCCUCGACGCGCCCCAGAAGGAGGAACUCGAGGCGAAAUGGGCCGAGAUGGACGCCAAGUUCGAAGUCUGGAACUCCCGAUUCGAAUUGACAAAGAAACACAUCGCGACAUGGGAGUACCAAGACCUAGCAUCCCCGCAACUCACAUACCUCAACAUGCAGCAGACCUUCUGGCGAAUGGGCAUGUCGUGCGGUCCCGAAGACCUCUCCGAGCCAACGCCCGACACAGCCGAGGCAUUCCUCAAUGCCGCCGAGAUCUUCGCCCAGCGGCUGAUCACACCGGGCCAACCGAGCUACUCCCUCGAUGGCGACCUGGUCUCCGGUCUCUCGGUGGUGGUAUGGUCGUGCACUGAGGGGCCGCACCGGGAAAGGGCGCUGGAUCUGUUGCGGAGGUUGAAUAGGCGCGAGGGUAUCUGGGAUAGCAAGGAGAUUGUGCAGAUGCACGAGGCUGCGCUGGCGAUGGAUGAUCCGAAGUUGUGGUAUAACAUGGAGAUUCCGGGUGGUGUACCCGGGUUUGUUGCUGAGUUGGCUAAGAUUUCGCCGAGGUUUGGGUUGCAUCGCUCGGGGCUGUUGAUACCGGAUUUUGAGUGUAUUUAG